AUGAUAAAUCACAAAAAGAGUGACUGCCAACAAUGGCGAACAAUAAACUACCCUUCCCAGAGCCCGAGACCAUCUUCACUAACCACGUGUCGAGUCCCCGCCGCCGUCCAGGAGCUCGUCAAGGACCACGAGCUGCCCGCGAAGAAGCAGAAGCUCGCGGGCGACUUCCCGGGGGCGGCCGCCGUGGCCGCCCUCGCCCCGCAGCCGCCCUUCGGCGCGCCACACCUCCAGCAAAUCUACGCCAACUUGGACCCCGUGUACAUCCAGCAGUGCCUGCGGGAGUUCGACGUGGGCAGGCGGCACUUGUCGGCGUUCCCCACCGACCCGCCGGUCCUCCAGAACCCUGAGCGCGUCGUGCUGAUGUCCGACAGCGAGCACUUCGAGCGCAGCUAUCAGCCCAACGUCGCACUGGCCCCGCCCACGCCCAAACAGCCCAGGUACGCCCAGGGCCGCAGCCCCGACUCCACCGUGGUCAAGACGGAAGCCCCGUCGCCCGUCAAAGAGGUGACGUCGACGCAAACCGUCGACAUCGUCAGGUCGGACCCGAUCGAGAAUAUGGCCAGGGAGAGGAUCUUGGAGAUGAUGCGGAGCUUGACCAAGGAGAACGAGCGAUUGGUCCUGGAGAGCCGCGGCAAGGAUGACAGGAUCAGCGAGCUGGAGAUCAGGAACGCUCAGCUCCUGAACGAGCUCAAUUCGAUAAAGUGCAACGGCGUCCGCGAGAAGAAGACAAUAGAGAACGGCAACGAUUUCAAAGUAGCCAUAACAGCAGUACAUAGAUUAACGACUUGA